AUGAGGAAUACAAAUAAUUUUUUAUCUGGGAGUAGUGAUAAAUUAAUUAUAAUAUGGUAGGUGAAUGAAAAUAAUUAAUGGAUUUGUUAAUAAAAAUUAGAUGGACAUUCAAAUUGUAGAUUUUGUUUAUUGUUGAACGCGAUUCAUUUAUUCUAGUGAUAGAAUAGUCAUUGUUGGAUAAAAAAAAUGGACUGUUAGAUAAAAGAUAAAAGUAGAUUAGUAUGGAUUCAGAUUAUGUUUUAUCAAUAACAACUAAUUUACAUUCUAACCUUAUUGUUAUGAAUAAAUGCAAAUUUAUUAAAUAGAUAGUAAUACGAAAUAAUAUAGGAAGACAAAAUCAAUUGCAGUUAAGUGUGGUUCUAAUGAUGAUAGUUUCUUCUUUCCAUAAUAAUAUUUAAAGUCAAAAUGUCUGUUGGUGAAUAAGAAUGGCAAUAAUGUUAAUUUAAUGAGGAUGAAAGAAAAUAAUGACUUUAUAAUUGAAUAAUCUAUUGAAUUUGGUCAUAGUGAUAUUUAUAGAUAAUUGAGUUAAGACGGAGAAUAUUUGAUCACUUGA